UGACUCUCCUGUGUUUGGCACAGCGCCGGAAACACAGACACCAUGCGCUUUUCUGCAAUCAGGCAAGUCCAAAUCCGAGUUACAACCGGGUGAGGAAUGUCUCUACGAAGGUUUUCAGUCUAAGAUGUCCAUGGUGCUCUUUGCCUCAGUGGUGCGGGUGAGGGACGGCCUGCCCCUCUCUGCCUCUACUGACUAUGAACAGGACAAAGGGCUGCAAGAGACCAAGAAGCACCUCAAGGGCUUGUCCAAAAAACUCGGCCACUUUCCUGACCGCAGCUUUCUUAAGACUGGCCAGUACAACAUCAAUUUCACGAGCUCGCUGGGGGUUGGCUACAUGAUGGUAUGCACAGAGAACUAUCCCAACGUUUUGGCGUUCUGCUUCCUGGAUGAGUUGCAGAGAGAGUUCCUUGUCGCAUAUGACAUGAAGCGCAUUAACGGUGCGGUCAGGCCCUACUCCUUCAUUGAGUUUGACAACUUCAUUCAGAAGACCAAGCAGCGGUACAACAGUCCACGUUCUCUUUCCACAAAGAUCAACCUGGCUGACAUGCAGAUGGAGAUCAAGCUGCGGCCCCCAUACCAGAUCACUCCUGAAGACUUGAGCUUCAUCCACGGCUUUCCCCACAGCACCACUUCCAAAUAUAAAGGCAUAGCUCCUAAUCAAAUGCUGGAGCCUGUCACCUUGCCAGGCAUAGUGGCAUGUGUCCUAAGCGUUCUGUGCGGUGCGCUUAACUUGCUACGUGGAGUCCAUGCCAUAGAGAGUAUAUUGCAGAACGAGGACGAAGACUUUAAUUAUGUAAUUGCCUUUUUCCUGGGAACGGCUGCCUGUCUAUAUCAGUGUUACUUAUUUGCAUACUUCUCGGUGUGGAGGAACAUCAAGUCAUUGCUGGCCUUUGCGCUCAUCUGCCUGUGCAACAUGUAUCUGUAUGAACUGCGCAACGUGUGGCAGAUCCUCUUCCACGUCACAGUCGGGGCGUUCAUCACUUUGCAGAUCCACUUAAGGCAGCUGCAGGGCAAGGCUCCUGACUACAAUGUCUGAACGCCUACACACAUGCACGUGCACACACACCCUUCCCCAAUCAAGCACCGGUGGCACAAUCCCCAGAAGACUGAAUGACUAUGAUGUGAGAGAUGUUAGCCUUGUGUUUUUUGGACUAUGGAAGUCACUGAUCAUCAAACUGACUGAAUAGACAAUAACUCAGGAUCCAGUAGCAGUUUAAUUACUCUGGUUAAUCCUACAUGUUCACUGUUGCAUUUUGUUGUGAAAUUUUUGAAGACACAAGCUUCUAUACUGACUUUUCAUAAGGAUGCAAGUAUUGGGCACUUAUUUUUAACUUUUUCCAAAUUAUCAUACCAAAUAGGUGAGACACACUUUUUUUUUUUUUUUUUUAAGUUCAUGGUACAAAUGAAAAGCACCAAUACCACCAAAAUUCGCAACAACACGUCCAUAAAACUUGUGUGCACUUUUUUUUUUCUGUAACACAGACCUUGAAAGUUAUUCUACUAAUUCAAACAAAGACAACAAAUAAAUGUCACGCUUCAUAAAAUUCGAGGCUGCUGUUAUCAAACCUGACCCUAAAAGUGCGUUCAGACCUGGUGUGUGUUGAGCAUGGAGACAACUGCGCGCACACCAUCUCUGUGCUGCCUGCAGCUUUCUCUGAUUGCUGAUGGAUUCAGCUCUCCUUUGGCCGUUUCAGGGCAGAGGACUGGUUUGUUGAUGUAUCGACUUCUUCUGUUUAGCACCAGAGGUUUUCAGCUCCCAGUGAGCAACAGCAAACAAAAUCCUGGCAACUGAAUGAAUGUUUCCUAUUUAUAUUUCUGUACCAGUUUGUAGAUUCUUCUGAAAGGAGACAGAGGUGAUCAUGAUGUGUUUUUGAAUCUGUGCCAAGGGACCUUCAAUAAAGUUUAACUACUUAUUUCAUAUCA